AUGAAAAAUUUAAUUGCUCUCCUUCUGCUGAUCCACUAUUCUGCGGGAUAUACAAGCUUUUCCUCUCUAAGUAUUACUGCAGAUAAUAAAGAUAUUAAUGCCCAGACUACAUAUUCAAUAAGUGUGCAGUUAGGAUCAUUUGGAGAAGAUGUGCCUUCUGAUUUUACACUUGUAAUGGUUUUACCAAAUAAAUUAAGUGUAAUUGAUUCAGUUGGAACUAAUCCAAGUACCUGCAUUCUACAAGAUUCAAACGGAGCAUCUGACUAUUCACUAACAUCUGCAUAUGAUUCAGCAAAUCCUCAGUCAGGCCAAUGUGGAGUUUCAGGCACUAAUACUUAUACCCUAAUUACGCCUAAUGUAAGAUCCAGAGGCCUUAAUUUUCAAAUUGGAAAAAUCCAAAAUCCUAAUGCUUCUUAUAGCUCAACUAAUAUAGGCUCCAUUCAGUUUUAUGGAUACAAAUCCGGGAGUACAAACCCAGAUUAUCAAGGCAGUCAACCAUUGAGUGAUUAUUAUUUUACUGUAGGCACCUUGACUAGCAUAUCAUUAACUCAAGGAAGCGUGGCUAUUGGGGCGUGAAAUACUUACACUUUUUCAUUUUACUUACUUCCCUGCUUUAGAUUGGAGCAAAAUUUAGAUGGGGUUCCUUUUCUGCGUAAUUAACCUUAUUGAGUAAAAUUUAGUAGAAAUAAUAGCUCCUAUAUAAAUAGCUUUGGCAGCCAUUUAAUCUCGUAAAAAAUUAAAUUUUUUCCGAUUAAUUAUUAGACUUAAAUGGGAGAGCAAGUGCAAUAUUAUUUAAAAAAAGUCGCACUUCACUUUUUAAAUUUAAAGGGAAGAGUUAGAAAAUAACAUUCCUUCAGGUGCAAUUGUGAUUUUUACUUUUAAUAGUAAUUUUUCUUUGAGCACUGCUUCAAAUACAGCUGUUACAGGUCAGAUAAAUGGUGGAUCGAGCAUAAAUUUAAAUUGUGACAUAACUGGACAAGUUUUAACAGUUUAUAAUCUUUUUAGCUCAAAUCUUGUAGUUACAUCUGGAUCAACCUAUCUUACUAUCAGCAUUGUACAAGUAAGAAAUCUCAGAUAUAUCGGCUCAGCAGAUAUCAGUGUUGCAACAGCUGUAUCAAGCACAGAAUAUAUCGAUAAAAUGACAAUUAAUGCAUCAUCAAGUACUUCAUGCGAAAUAGAAGUUAGCUCAUUCACUUCAUCAGCUAAAUAUGUCCUUACAUCAACAACUCUUACAAUUGCAUUUAAGCAAGGAAAUUAUGCAGCCAGUGCUUCAAGUGCUGCAAAUGCAUAUUCAAUAAGAUUAGUAAUUCCUACUACCUUUACUCUUUCAUCGACAUUCAGCUGCACAAAAUACAUAGGCAUAGAUCCUAGCUAUAGCACUAUAAGCUGCACAAAUCAAGGUGGAGGAAUUGUUACAACAAAUUUAAUAAGUCAAAAUUCUAACAUUGUUGCAAUAAAUUUGCUCAAUGUCAUACUUCCUCCCAAUUCGAAAACAACAGAUUAUAUACAGAUCUCAACUUACACAGAAGAAAACACAAGUGGAUCAAAAAUGUGCGAAAAUACUCAGUUCGCUACAUACAGUGCAACUCCUAAUGCAAUUACUGUAAGUUCAAAAACUAGAAGGAGCUCUUAUGUUGGUGAUCUUGGCCCUUAUACGCUUACAUUUAAAACUACAACUCAAAUGCAAACUGUUUAAAAAUUAAACUGAAUUAGCUAGAGAUUUCAUUAUAGUAAUUAUGCGUUAUAUAUCAAAAUUGUUUUUAUUUGCUUAUGGAGGUGGGUUUUUCCAAUGGUUUCGUUCAAUCACGGAAGGGGAGUUAUUAAUAUCUUGAUUAUACUUAUAGGGAAGCCCUAAAGGAUUUCUUACUUCCCUAAGCUUCCUUGCAUGCCUGCAGUUAGCGAUUCAUGACAUCGAGGUUGAUCUUGCCAGACAAAGACCUAAACUCACUGCUUGGUAUUUGGGAGAGUUGUACUACCAUACCCGCUAAACAAGGAUGGUGAUCAUAGAAAUUCAAAAUGAUUACAUUUUCUGGUCGACUCUUGGCUAAAUGUCAAGCUUAAAAAUAGUAGUCCCAAAAGACUAGGAAUAUAAAUGUUGACUCUAUUGGAUACCCCUUUUCCAAUUCUUGACUCUAUUUCCAUCUGAGGCAAAAAGUUGUUUUGGGUUAAGCAUGCUUUGGUUAUUCUGACAUUUCAUUUCACCAAAUAAGGUAAAAACUGGCUGGCUGCACAUUACCUAAAAUCAUUCUCCCUUCUUAGGGCUCAUAAGCUCUCUUCGAAGAUUUAGCUGCAGGAGUUAAAAGGAUAGUUGGAUUGCCACUCCAUUAAACUACAACUCAAAUGCCCCCAAAAUUCGUAUAUAAAACUUGUUCUGCCUAUGGCACAGGUUGUGGAAAAUUCAGGAAUUGUAUGCUAUGAAAUUUUAUCAGGAACUAUCCAAACCUCAAAUGUAUGCACAAAAUCAAGUACCCCAUCUGACUCUACAACGUAUGAACUGUACAUUCCAGAAUGAUGCUCAACUACAUCUACUGGCUGCACAGGUUGCUGUAGUGGAGGUACAGAAUUAUCUGUUAGCAUAGACGGAGUAGUUAACCCAUACUACGUCAAUUCAAAUACAGGAACAUCGGUAAAAAUUUAUACCUUAAAUCCAACACAGGAUGGAAUUAUAGAUGAUGUCACAUCAGGAUUGGAAUUUACACCAUCUUUAGUAGCAAAAUCAAUUUCUUCCACAAGUAUGACAAGAGAUGCCAACAUUGUUGGCCAAGAUAUUAAAAUCGAUAUUUCUCAUACAUCUACUGUGAUUUAUAUUCAAAACUCUCAGGUGGUUUACUCUUUUCCAGCGUCAUUCAUCUAUUCAGCUAGUAGUAACGUGAAGUGCACCAAUCUUGGGACAAAUACGGAUACAACUUGCUCUUUUACAACUAAUUCAUCAGAUGGCUCUAUUUCUACGGUUACAGUAAGUAACUUGUGUACGAGUAACUGCGCUUCUGGCCAAACUUAUAAAAUCAGGAUAUAUAACAUUCAAAACGCUAUUACUGUUGCGCAAUUAACAAAUCCUUCUUAUACUGUCUCCGCAUAUUAUAGCUCAUAUUUAAUAGAGAGUGGGGCAAUUGACUCGUCUGCUUUAGUUAGCCUUGACACUGGGACGAUUACUUCAAUAAAAGCAUAUAGAUCAACUAAUAGCAUCAAAUCAAGCAUCACCAUGUGGAUUUCUUUUAUACAUCCUACAAUGAUGAAAAGCACAGGGGUCAUUACUAUCUCCUUUCCUUCUUUGAUGGUUUAUCUUAAGACUUCACUUUCUGUGUUCCGGUACUCUGAUAAUACUCAAUUAACAAUUAGUACUUCAAAUGAUGGAGCAAAUAGUAUUACUGGACUGACGAUUACUAAUUAUUGCGCUUCAACAUGCGCUGGGGGUGGAAAUAUUACGAUUGCAAUGACUGGAAUUAAGAACCUUGAUUAUCUUCAAACGAUUACUGGCUCUUUAACGAUUACUACAUCAGAUAGUAAUUCUAAUAGUGAUACUGGUACCGUUUCUGAUAUAACAACAAUAUUAGCUCCUUUGGAGACUGGAGCAAUAACUGAGAUUGAUUUGCACCCAACCAAUCCUACUAUUUCUGAGACUACAGACUAUAGGAUCAUUUUUACAACUUUUAAUGAUAUCCCAGCUGGAGCGACUAUAAAAACCGAAUUUCCAAGCGGAGUCUCCCUCUCUUCUACAAGUACUACUACCUGCACAAGCUUUAUCAAUAUAUAUUCUGGUCUUAGCUGUGCUGUUUCAGGUAGUGCACUGACUUUGUCCAACGGAUUCCCAUCAGGUGUAACUGGCCAAAUCCAGGUUGGAUUUGUAGCAUCCAAUAUCGCUAAUGGAGCCUCAACUGCAUCAAGCUAUGGACCCUUCAAAAUUUCAACAGUAGACACAACCGGAUAUUUAAUUGAUGCUGGCUCAACAACUUUUACUUAUUUAUCUUAUAAAGCCUCGAGUGAUUGCUCUACUGACUGUAAAACAUGCGCUGGAACUUCUGGUACGCAAUGCUAUUCAUGCAAAAAUCCUUCUUCUAAGCCAAUUUUGCUUGGCUACUCCUGUGUUGCAACUUGCCCAGAUGGGUACUACUUGACUUCUUCCACACCUCUUACAUGCCUGAGCUGCUACUAUACAUGCAAAACCUGUCUUGGGCCUCAAUCUAGUGAUUGCACAUCAUGUGAAUCAGGCUAUUACAAGUCUGGCGGCUCUUGUGUUACUCCAUGUCCAUCUGGAUCUACUCUUAAUUCCAAUAAUAUUUGUGUAAAUGAUAAUGCAUGCACUUCUCCCUGCGCUUCUUGUAGUGGAAGCUCAACUUUUUGUUUAAGUUGUGAUCCGAAUUCCUCUACACCAGUACUCGAUCCAGAAAGAGGGGAAUGUGUAACAGAAGAAACUCCAACAGAGGAUUAUUGCCCUACAGGAUAUUAUGAAGACAGUAAUAAAAUCUGCCAGAAAUGCUCAACUAAUUGCGCAGAAUGCUACUCAAGUUCAACUCAUUGUACAAGCUGUCCAUCAAUUUACACAUAUAAAUACUUGAAUAAGCUUGACAAUACUUGUGUUUCUUCCUGUCCAGCUUUAAUAUCUGUUCAAGACGAUACAAAUCUUGUAUGUAAUCCAUGCGAUAGUUCUUGCGCUACUUGCAAUGGCGUUAAUGCCAAUAAUUGCUUAAGCUGCUAUUCAACUAAUAAAAAAUAUUUGACUGCUGAUAAUCAAUGUGUAGCAACUUGCCCUGCGAACUAUUAUAAUUUUCAUAAUACUACCUCGGGCUCGUAUAAGUGUAUAGCCAGUUGUCCAACAUCAUCAGGUUAUUAUAUAGAUUCAACGAACACUUACUGCAAUGAAUGCAUGACAACUUGCUCAACUUGCUCCAAUGGGUCUACAUGCACUUCAUGCAGCACCUCAACUCCUUACUUGAACGAUCAGUCUAUAUGUGAAGCUGACUGCACGUCCUCAGAAUACAAAUACACCGAAAAUGGCAACAAAAAGUGCUACUCAGUCUGCCCUUCAGGAACUUCUCACUAUACAGACAGCUCUAGUAAGAAAUGAUGCCUUUCCACCUGUCCCAAUGGUUAUUAUGCUUCUACUUCUGGGACAGCAACAUCUGGUCAAAGCAAUUCUUUUUGUACUGCAUGUGAUACCACCUGUGCAACCUGCAGCGGAGGAGGGAAAAACAGCUGUCUCACCUGUUCCUCUUCCUCUACUUAUCCUUAUAAAAAUGAAAAUAAUGAAUGUGUUGAAGCCUGCUCAUCAAGUGAAUAUACAAAUACGUUAAACGGUAAGAUGGAAUGUGUAACUUCAUGCCCAAGUGGCUCAUACCAACUGACUGACAAAUCAGGCAAAAAAUGGUGCUCUAGUUCUUGUGGUGAUGGAUAUUAUGUUCAAAAAGUGUCAAGCACUGUCAAUAACUGUAACCCAUGCGACACAACAUGCCAGACAUGCAGUGGAGGAUCAACUACUAAUUGUUUGACCUGCACUCAGCAGUAUCCUUAUUUAAAUGAGAAAAACCAAUGUGAAUCAAGCUGCUCCAGCAAUGAAUAUACUUAUGCACUGAAUGGUAAAACAAGGUGCUACUAUACAUGCCCAUCAGAUACUUAUCAAUGGAUUGAUACAUCAGGUAAAAAAUGGUGCACUGAUACAUGCCCUAACGGCUAUUAUAUUCAAAAAGUAUCAGAUAGUGUAACAAAUUGUAAUGCAUGCUAUACAACAUGCCAGACUUGUGAUGGGGGUAAAGAUAGUGAUUGUUUGACGUGCUCUCAAUCUUAUCCAUAUAUUAAUGAAGAUAAUCAAUGCGAAAAAAAUUGCUCAUCUAUUGAAUAUACUUAUGAAUUAAAUGAUUUAUUAAAGUGCUAUACCAUUUGUCCUGCUGGGACAUAUAAUACAAAUAGCAGCUCAGGCAUAGCAUCAUGCACGACUUCAUGUGAAAAGGGAUCUUAUGUGGAUACUGUAAGUACUUCAGACUCUACUAAAAGCGGUGACUAUUGUGAGCCUUGCCCUCAAGAUUGUUUACUGUGCUCAAGUAAGGUUGAAUGCGAGGACUGCAAAGAUAAGCAUUCUUUGCCAAAUACAGUGAAUACUACUAUUAGCAUCUGCUAUGGAUGGAGUCCACCAGGACCUGCAACCCAUCUUGGUGGGUAUGUAAUUUAUGCACUCAUAUUUGAAACUAUUUUAAUUGCUAUCCUUAUUUUUAUAUCCAAAUUUAAAAAUACAGGGUAUUUUGAUGCAACUGCCACAGUUUUAUUUAUGUCAAGCAUUAUUGAGUUCACUGAAAAAUUGAUGCUAUUAAUUUUCUUAUGGGUCGAAUAUGGACCACAUGCAGAUAUUUUUGUAGCAAUAACAGGGUCGAUGCUAGUUGGAUCUCUACUGAUUUCAAUGAUGUACCAGAAUCUGCACUUUGACUCUUUAAUCUCUCUUUAAGAGGAAUAAGAAUGUUUUGCUCGCUCUUAAAGGUUUUAUUUUGUUUUUAAAAAAACUUUGGUUAAAAUUAUAUUAAAAUAAUCUAAAUGAAUUUAAGCUUAAAAAUCUACUGUCCUAAAUUUAAUAGAAUAAGCAAGAUAUCUCGCUAUAGCAAUUAUUAUUAUAGAGCUCAGGGCCUCGUUUGGAUCUCUCUGGGCUGCAAACUGUCCUACAAACUGGUGAAGUAGGCUAGGGCUGCAACUUUGCCAAGUCGACUCCAUCAGUUGGUAAGUGCCAUUAUAGCUUUCAUUUUUCAAUUGAUGAAAUUGAGUUACUCCUCCUCUUUAAAAUUAAUUUGUUUUAAAAAUAUAAAUUGAUCCUAAUAUUUUUGAUUUUUAAUUUAUUUUUAUAAAGAAUAAAUUCAAAAAUUAAUUGAUUCAGUGUAAAAAAGUUUAAAUAAUAUUUUACUUGGACUUUUUACCUUAAAUUAGAUCGAAACUAAUUUUUAUAAAAUUUAGUAUUUACUGAUAAAAAUUGAAAAAAAACAAUUGCUCCAAGUUAAAAGGUGUCAAGGUACCAAAAAAAUGGAAAUAUUAGCUAUUUUUGAUUCCAAUUUAAAGGCUAGGAGAGUUAGCAAAAUUGCAGCCCUAGCCAACUUCAUCAGUUCCUAGGGCAUUUUAAAACCAAGGAGAUCCAAAUGAAAGCCCCAGGCUAUAUUUAAAAAUAUUUUACUUGCUCUUAAAGAAAAUUUAUUAUCUCAAAAAUUAGGCGUUUAUAAUAAAUUAAUUCGCUCUUAAAGUUGGAGAGUUAGUAGAAAGCAGUGAAACUCUAGAAGUAUUUUCUAGCAAAAAUAAGUGGGCUUUCAGAAUAGUCAGAUGUUUUUCUUUUAUUUUCGGGAUUCAUUUUCUGAGAAUCUUUUAUAGUGGAUUUAUGGGAUUUGCAAUAGCAACAAAUGCGAAAACACUUGGAAACGUUAAUGCAUUUAGAUUCCCACUGGAAAAAUUAUGUGUUUUGAAUUUAGCGCUUGUCUGUAUUCCUAUGCUGCUGGAGCAAGCUGCUAUUAUGGCAUUAUUUGAUGUUGAAACAAAUCCAUGGCAGAUAUCUUUAUUUGGUGUAGUGCUAAAUAUAUGCAUUGAAGGACUGUUUUUGUGGGAUUACUUUAGAGGCCCAUGGAGAUUUUAA